AUGGGUACAUUAUAUCUUUCUUCUUUAAGCAAAAAACUUCCUUUUCAAACUUACAUUAAUGUUAUCUAAGAUUUUUAGAGCGGUUUGGUUUUUAGUAUCAUUCACUAUGAUAGUUUAUCAAAUGAUAUUUAUUUUAAUUAUGAUGGUUUUAUAUACAAAUAAGAUCUUAAUUAAUUAGGAAUAGAACGUGACCCAUAAUUAAAUGAGCCGUAUACUUUGUAUACUUAAAUAUAAAGAGAUAACUAACAGACAGAUUAUUUGAUUUUAAGUUAAGACAGCCUUAUAUUUAGAUAUUCUUAGUAGAAAAUAAAAUUUGAGUUAUCCAUAUUAAUGAGUUCAAGAAUCUUAGAUAUAAAAUACAAUUAAAGUGAUGAUGUUUUAAUAUUAGGUUUAGAAAAUUCAAUUUUAUUUUAUUAAUAGUAUCAAUCUUGCAAAAAUAGUAAUUCAGACCCUGAUAUUUAUUAGCUAGACAAUAUCCAAUUCUAACAGUUCAUAAUAGAUAAUAUUGUAAUUACUAGUGAUUAAAAAAUAUUGCAUUUAGAUUUAAAAGCAGGUGUUAUCAUGAAAACGAUUUAAUUUAACUUGACUCAAACAGUAACUUAAUUUAAUAUAAAUAAGAAACAAGAUUUGAUCAUGGUAGGAUUUAGUGAUGGUUAGGUGCUUUAAUAUAAUUUAACAAGCUAAAAUUAUUUUUUAUAUGACACAACAAAAGAGGUUUCUCUUAAUAUUUCAAUUAUUGUCAUUUAAUUGAUUGAAAUCUCUGAUAGUAAAUUGUUAGCUUAUGUUGUUUCAAAUGGUGCUCUUCUUCUUUAAAUCGAUGUGUUGAAAUAAUAAGUUAUUUAAUAAAUAGACUUAAGAAGUCUGGUUGAUGAAGAUCCUAGCAUUACCUUAUCAAAAUUCUUGAUUGAUCAAAAUUAUCAAAGAUAUAUAUUUUGCUUUAAUGGGUAGAAAAAAGCAUAUAUUUGGAAUUACUCAAAAAAUGAAUAAGAGCGAAAUUUAUCUUUACCUAAAAUGCAAUCUAACUUGAGAAUAGAAUAAAAUUUCCUAAUUAUUUAGUGCAUUUUUUAAAUUAAUUUGUAUUAACUAAAUACAAAAAUUGAAUUUGUUGCAUCAAUUAAAAAAGAUUUCAUUUAAGAUAGUAUUUUGAAUUUCAAGCUGUUUAAUAAUAACACCUUUGCAAUAUUUUUAAUAGAUAGAUUCGAACUCUUUGUCAUUAAUGGAGAUAAGUUCAAUAUGAUAGCUUAGAUUAGUUAUUAACACUCUCGAUUAUUAAAUUAUUCAAUCGAUUCUCAGAAAAAUGUACUUAGCAUAUUAGGAUUACAUAAAGAUGGAGUUUUUGAAAAUAAAUACAAUUUAGAUAUUUACAAAUCAGAAACUGUAUCAGAAUGCUUUUUUUUUAGUUCAAAUAAAGAAUAUUAAAAUAUUAUAGAAGAAUAAACAUAUGUUGCUCCUAAAUAAAAGGAAAUUUAGACAAAAAAUGGAGUUUCUUUAGUUAAUUAAGAAAAUUAGUUUAUCUACUUCUACUUGCAAAUACCAAGUGAUAAUAUAUAGAAUUUAUUUUUAUAAACAUCCUCAAUAUCAAAUAGUCAACAAGUCAUGGCACCUUAUGAUAUCUAAAAUAAUUUUAUAGCUCUUUAAAAUACUACCUUUUAAAAUCUAAGCUAAUCUACUUUACAAUUUACUAAUUUUAGUUUAACAUUCUAAAAUAGUACAAAUUUAUUUAUCAACAUUACCUAAAACAAAAAAACUUAGUAAGUUAUUUUUUAAAAUAUGGCUAUAGACUUUGAGUGUUUUGGUACUAAUCAAAUAUUUAUAUCUGAUAUUCAAAAGGUAGUUUUUUAAAACAUUAAAAUAUCUUAGCUCAACCUUAAAAAAUGCUCAAACUACAAUCAGCAAAAUUCUUUGUUCUUUUUUUAAAAUAUAUCAGAAAUAUUUAUUUAUAACCUGGAAAUAUCAUACAAUAAUUUUUAUCAGAAGUCUCAGAUACCAUUAUUUUAAUUUGAAUUAAUAAAAACAGUUGUAAUAAAUGGGGUUACUAUGAUAUAAAACAAUAACUUGAACAGUUUGAUGAGUCUUUCACAAAUAUAAAAUCUAACCCUCGAAAAUUUAAUAGUAAAAAACAAUAUUCAAUCACUAUAAAUUGAUUAAACUUCAGGAGUGUUUACAUUCUUAGGUUGCAAUAUAAUAACUCUGAAUAAAUGCACAUUUUAACUUAAUAAUUAAUUAGUUCUAAUUUUUUCCACAAACUAAUAUUCAUCUUAAAACCAAAAUAUAGAAUUAAAUGAUGAUAUUUUAGUACUAAAGAAUUUUUAAGUUGAGCAAAAUAAAUUUUUAUAAUAAUAAAUCAUGUUUAUUUAAAAUUCUAAAAUUUAAAUUAAUAAUUUUACUCAUAUUGAAAAUGAAGGUUCACUUUUAUUAAUUAAAUCCAGAUAAGUUAUUAUCGAAAAAAGUUAUUUUAAAUUUAACACAGCAUAAAAUGGAGGUGCUAUUCAUUUUUAAUCAAUUAGGUAAAAGAUAGAAUUUAAAAAAUCUCAAUUCUAAUAAAAUACUGCAAAAAGCAGCGGAGGUGCUUUGUAUCUUGAAAAUAUUGCUAAUUGCUUAGUUUUAUUUGACUCUCAGACAAUAAUUAAAAAUAAUAGAGCAUUGAUUGGAGGAGGAUUAAGAAUAAUUUAGACUGAUUAAAAUAGGAUUUUAUUACCUUAAAACUUUCCAUUUUCUAAAAAUAUAUUCGAUAAUGUAGCAGAGAUAUAUGGUGAUGAUAGUACAUCUUAUCUUUAAAACAUAAUUAUUCAAAACAAUGAUUAUACCAAUGAGGAAUUAUUCACAUUUUACAAAGAUUAAAGUAAUGUACCUAAAAAGUUUUAAAAUGACUUCUCAAGAUAUGCUGAAAUGAGAUAAUUCAGAAGUGGAGGCUUAAUUAACUUUAAAAUGUAUAUUGUAGAUGAAUAAAAUAGAUAUCUGAGCUUCUCAAAAGAUAAGCUAGAACAAGGUUUAUAUCCAAAAGAUAUUAGUUAGGAGAUAAAUAAUAUUUAAAUAUCAUUUUAUUAGCUAAAUUCUAGUGAAACCUAAAUGUUUGGAUAGAAUAUUAUCAAUUAUUAUCAAUAUGACUCUAAAAGUUAAUCUUUUAUGAUGAAUGAUUUGAAAAUUCUUGGUAAUCUCAAUAAAGUUUAAUACUUUUAUAUAAACUCAACAAUUCAAACAAACUCUCUUACAAUAAAUCCAAUUCUCUUAUCAGUAUAAUUCAGAAACUGUAUAAAAGGGGAGGUUAUUUAAUAAAUUAAUCUAAAUGUUUAUUAAUGCAAUUAGUGCUUGGAAGGUACUUAUCAGCUAAAUGAUCCACAGAUACUUUAUCAACAAUAUAUAGAAGAAAAGAAAGAUACAAAUAGAUGCAUUAACUGCCCUGAAUCUGCUGUUACGUGCAAGGGAAAUAUAAUAAAAUUGAAAAAUGGAUUUUGGAGGCAAAAUAAUUAUACAGAUGAAAUAAUAGAGUGUGAUCCUAUUAUAAAUUCAUGCUAAGCAGAAAAUCCUUCUAGUAUUAACUAUUGCAUAACUGGUUAUUUAGGUCCUGCUUGCUAGUAAUGCGAUAUUUUAGGUGAAGCUUGGAAAGGAUCCCGAUAUUCAGAAUCUCUUUCUAAGGGCUUUUGCUAGAAAUGUGGAUCGUAGAUAAAAUAAUGGGGUUUUAUCAUUUUAAAAAUAAUAAUUUUAGAGGCUUACUUCUUGUAUGUUUUAGGAGUUUUCAUUUAAAAGUUUAAAUAUACACAAACAUGUUAUUAUUUGAGAAUCUUGAAGAUUAUGCCUAUUAGCAGCAAUAGCAUACAGGAUUAUUCUGGGUUCUAUAUUAAAAUUAUUUUGACCUAUUAUUAAUUAUCUGCUCUUUUAAUUCCUUAACCAAAAAUUAUUUCUAUCAACUUUAACUUGUUUAAUGACAUAAUUGGGUCAGGUGGUGUUCAAAUUUCUUUAGGAACAGACUGUCUGAUCAGUGAAAACAUAAUUAGAGAUAUGGGAAAAAUAUUAUUUUAUACUUAAAUUCAAUUUUUGGUUCCUAUGGCAGUUUUUAUUUUGAUUCCUAUUACACUUAUGUUUUAUUAAGACAUUUCAAAACAGAAAUUAAGAGGAUAUCAUAUUUUUUUAAUUUUUCACAUUAUAUUUAUCUUUUUCUAAGUGAACUAGAUAUCAUAUUUUACUAAGACUCUAACCUGUAAAUAAGUAGGAAAUUAACUUUACAACCCGAUUGACCUUUCAUUUGAUUGCUACGACUCUAGUAUAGUUAAAUAUUUAUAUCCUUUUUCUGUAAUGGUGUUAGUUUUUUGGACUUUAUUUCCUUUGGUAUUUCUUAGAUUGAUUAAUUAAAACAAAAAAAAACUAGAUUAAUGCAUAAUUAAGUAUAAAUACGGAUAUUACUAUGGAGAACUAAAACCUAAAUAUUACUAUUGGGAGUUUGUUAGAAUUUAUCUAAAAAUUUCUAUCAUUUAUGUAUAUACACUAUUAAAUAAGAAUAACCAUUAUGUUUGCGUACUAACAAUAAGUGCACUAUUAAUCUACUAUAUUAAAAUAGUAAAGUUAAAUAGUCCUUUUAUUUCAAUUAGCAUAUAAAAAUGUGAAGUAGCAGCUUAUUCUCUUAUUUUCUUGAAGAUAUAUCUAUAGUUGAUUCAAUCUUAAAAUCCAUAAACUCAAGUUUUUGUAGAGAUUGCUUAAAUUAUUGUAGAUUAUUUCUUCUUUUUUUGCUAUUUGAUAAUUGUAAUAGGAAUUAUGUUGAGCAAUUCUAGGUCAAAAAAUAUAAUGAUAGUAAAAAAAUGUCUAUCAAAAGUUAUUCCUUCAAAGCUGAAGAAAUUGAUAAAUUUUGAUAAAGUCUCUUUAACAGCAUACAUGAAAUGGAAAAUGGUCUAUUACAGAAUUAAAAAAGCUUAAAUAAAUCUUUAAAAAACCAAGAAAAAAUAAAAAAACUAAAAAAAAUAACUCAAUUAAGCAGAAAACAAUCUUCAAAAAAUUACAAUACAAAAGGUGAAUAGCAAGAAUUUAUUUUCGUAUAAUUUCAACACUUAGUAAGUACUCCUAGCAGGUUUUGCUAAAUAACAAAAAAAUAUUAAUUGA